UGAGAAUCCACAGAGCUGGGAGAAAGGGCGGCAGAUCAUUCAGCCACAGGCAAAGCUAGACACUGCAAACUGGGGAACCAUCAGGAUCUCCAGGACACUCCAAGGAGCCUUCAGGAAGGUGUGGAAACAGAGGCUUUGACUUAGAAGCUGGGGUGCAGCCUUUAGCACAGGAUGAGGCAAACCAGUCUUCACUGGGAGACACACUGGGAGGAUGUGGGAGCCACAGCAGCCCAGCCUCUGACACAGCUCUGAGUCCUGCCUCCUUCCAGUGUUGGCACUGCUCACACCUCCCAAACAGACAACGAGAUCUUCUUGGCAGCGCUGCCCCACACCCCCCAGGAUCCCUGCCAGCGCUUGUCUGAUCCUGCCUUUGCUGAAGCGUGGCACCUACAGAACUGUAAGAAGAAUCUGGAAGUCUGCACCUCCACAGCUGCUUCCAGGGGUGAUUGCAGAGAGGCUCAACCACAUCCUUCCCAGAGUAGCUGGAGUCCCAACCAUGCCCUGGGGAACCAGGGCCCCAGCUGGGUGAGGCCUUUCCAGAAGAAACCAGCUUUGCUACCCACCCAACAAGCCCUCUCACCAGGCUCAGCUGCCCUGUAGGUCUGAGAAUGUCUGUACCCUGUAUCCAAGUGGAGGAGGUGGCCAGUAAAGAAGAGGGGGCAGCAGGAGCAGCCCCAGCCCAGCCUGCAGACGACCACCUCCGAAGCCUGAAGGCCCUUACAGAAAAACUGAGGUUGGAGACCCGCCGGCCCUCCUACCUGGAGUGGCAGGCCAGACUGGAGGAGCAGACAUGGUCUGGCCCCAGGCCCCCAGUUCUGCAGGGCGAGCAUGAGGAGGGGGGCCUCCCACUGCCUCCCAGAGAGGCCAGGCCCUGUCCCCCGCUGAAUGGGAGUACUGGCCACCACCCUGAAAUCCAAACGAUGGACAGGCUGCAUGGCUUUGAGAACAUGGACGAAGCCCUAGCCUGGCUCAGGAAGGAACUGGCAGAGAUGCGGCUGCAGGACCAGCAGCUGGCUCGACAGCUCAUGCGCUUGCGCAGUGACAUCCACCAGCUGAAGAUCGAGCAGACCUGCGACCUGCAUCGGAGGAUGCUCAACGACGCCACCUUCGAGAUGGAAGAGAGAGAUGAGCUGUCUGAUUUGCUGUGCGACUCUCCGCUGGCCCCCUCCUUCAGCCUCUCCACGCCUCUCAAGCUCAUCGGGGUCACCAAGAUGAACAUCAACUCCCGGAGAUUCUCCCUCUGCUGAGACCCCCACCUAGGGCUCGAGGCUCCAGGACAGGGUGGGGUAGGGGUAGUAGGAAGGGAGUUGCAUCUCCCUGGGGGCAAGGCCUUCCAUGAGAUGGGUGAAAAAAGGUUCUCUGGAGGUCCCCAGCAUCCUCACUGUCUGAUUUAACUGCAGAAAGUUCCAUGGAAGGACCACUCCAAGCCACUCCGUGAAACUUGGGUUCCUGGCACCAUGAGUCUCACCCUGUGUCAGAGAUGCACAUUCCUCUCUUCUGGAAUCACUGGUGCUAUGAGCUAGGAACCCAGUUAGUGCACCACCCCCCAAAGUCCAGUUUCUUACAGAAGGUAUUCCCAAGGGCACCGAGUUCCCCAACUUGGUGAAGGUACCCAUCUCCUUGUUGCUAUAGUCUUAAGUGCCAGCACCCCUAAAGGUGGGACCUGACAACUGUGAUAGCUCCCACUCCCACUCUCACUCCCACUCCCACUCCCCAUCCCAAGAAUGGAAAAUUGAGAGGAAUGUUGAAGUAGAGCUUAGGGUUGCAAGCCCUGAUGCCCUGGCUUCCCAGUUUUGUCUUUGUGAGCUCUGGAAGUGGCUGUGAGCUGGGUAAACUGUUCAGCCUGUCUAGUACUGUCACUUGGGUGGGAACAGUACAGAUGUCCUCUACUCUCUACUGCCUGUCCCACCACACACAUCAAUUUCCACCUUAAAGAACCCCUUCUGCAACUGCCCCAUAGUCCCUGGGUAAUGCCGAGACCACUGAUGACCCACAAGGAAGGGCUGUUUCCCAUCACUGAAUAUCCCUGGGGAGCAUCAUCCUUUUGCCUUCCCUAGAAAAAAAUCUAGGGAGUGCAGGAGCUUGCCUGAGUCCCCUAAGAUUCUGUGCCUGACUUUUAAUGACUAAUUUUCAUGGGAUCAGACUGUUACUAGUCCACUGCUAACUUGUCCAUAAUUGUUUGAUUUUUCUUUUUUUUUUUUCCACCUGGUAAAAUUAGUUGGGUAGGUCAAGUAGGGAAGUUCAGGAUUUUAUCUGGUUUUACCAUAUUUUUAUACAGUUUCAGGGAGGGAACCUAGGAAUUCACACUUGUGAGUUACUUCUGAGUAACCUCCCCAGAUCACUUUUAUAUUCUUCAAGAGACGAGAGAGAGAGAAAAGAGAAGAAAGGAAAGAUCCCAGGGGAGGAGGAGGAAGACCUUGCUCACAACUCUUUAGAAUGUAGAUGUGUUCAUUCCUUAUCCAUCGUGCCUAGACAGAUCACAUUAUCAAGGAACUUGAAUCUCAAAGAUGGUCCUGAGGUUUUGCCAAGCUGUCAAUAUUCCUUCUCUACAGGUUCUCUGGAGAGAAUGUCUCCCACUUUGCAACUCAGAACAGUGCCUGACUAUGGACCCAUAAACCAUGUGUUACCACUUGCCAUCCCAUAUUGAAGUAAGGUGUGCUGCUGCUGCUGCUGCUGCUGCUGCUGCUGCUCCAUGAUGCAUCCUCCUCCUGUGUAACCUGUUUUGUUUUGUAAUGAUACACUAGGAAGUAAGCAGAGGGAGCCUCUGUUCAUUUUGACCCUGCUGAGCAGCCUUCCCAGCCUAAUUUUUUGUUCAACAUCCUGAGACAGUGAGAGAGAGGGGAGACAGACAAAAAGAGAGGAGACAAUACAACACCACUACACCAGCCAUGGAGUUCCCGUGAUGCAGUCCAUGACGCUCCCAUAUGAUGCUAGGAAUUGAACCCAGGGCCGCACACAUGGAAGGCAUGUACUGUAUCUGCUGAGCUUUACUUUGGCCCUGGAAAAACUGCUUUUCUUUGCUGAGGUGGGAGCAGGACAAUGCAAAUGAAUGAUCCUUCAUUAGACAGAGAACACAGUCUUUGUUUUGUAACUUCAAAGAUUCAUGAGUGUUAUGUCUCUUUACAAAAAGGUACAACAGUGGCUAAGACUUGUUCUUGGCAUGAGUGAGCAUGACUGAAGGAUGUCUGAGGCCCAGAGGACUCAUCAAUGGAAAGGACUGAGGUGGCAAAACCUAGGAUUAGGUCUAAACACAGCUACAUCCUAUACAGGCACUCUGACCAGCCUUCUUCCAGAAGGGUCUGUGAGGUCGUGGAGUUACAACCUGGCCUACACACCCGCUACUCACUCUCUAGAGACACUUAUAUCCCCAUGUGGGGAAGCCUCCUCUGUAUUCUGAAAGGAAGUGCCUAGCAAUUUUCUUCUUUUUAGAAAUCAGUCAUGAAGGGUCACUUAAAAAAUGGACUUCUAUGAAAGCUGGUCAUUUCCCUUGAAUUUCAUUAACCCAACUGGAUUGGGGUCAGCUGGAAAUUUCAACUACUCAGCCUUAUACUCCCUUCCUCUUUUCUCUCUGGGUAAAACAUUAUAUAUAAUAGAUUUGAUGUCUCAUUUGUUUUGCUUAGCUCAUCCCUAGACAGUGUUAUCUGGAGAGACAAGGAAGGGGGAGAACAUGGAGAGGAUCACAGAGAAGUGGAGGGGAUAUGUGAAUGGUACACUGUCUGUGAGCAAUCUUCUUUCCAUGACAAACCCAACAAUGCAUUCAAGUCAGUUCAGCUUUGUUAAGACCACUAUAUGUAAGUUUGGAGAACUCCAUUGACAGCUAGCUCCUCAGGGUGGCCUCUGACUCACAUAUGUAUCCACAAACCUAUCUCUCACCAUCCAGCACAUAGGCCACCCAGCAUGAAGCACAUGUCUCUGUUAACACUAUGUGGGAAGGACCAUGACCUUCCUGAGUCCAGCAAUGACCACAGGGUCUGGGAGAGCUUGAUGGGGGUAGAGAUAGCCUCCUGUCACCAGUACCAAGUGCCAUUAUCUAGUCCACAGACAACAAAUAUCUUCAUUUUUUAAUGAUCAUCUGUUUCUAUACUGCUGUGAGGAAAAGGAAAAUAAAAACUGUUUUGAAAGAAGUCACUAGAGAGAAGAAAAAUGUUCUCCCUUUUAGCUUGUUCCUGUUAUAGCAACACUUAAUUGAGAGAAAAAGAAAGAAAAGGAGAGAGAGGGUAGGUGAAAAGAAAGGUAGGUAAAGAGAAUAAAUGAACAAGAAGGAAGGAGAAAAAAGAAAAAGGACAGAGAUGAGGGGGAAGAGAAAGGGGAAAAAAAGAAAGAAAAUGGAAUACUAGAACAGUGAGCCAUGGAAUGCAGGUAUGAAAAGGGUUAAGAUUCCCCCAGAUCACUCUUCUCCCUUCUCCGCACCUCUCCUAGAAGCAUUACUUGGUGGAUGCAGCCUUCAGGGGCUCCCCAGGGUAGCCAAGUGAGUUACUAGACACAACCAGUCACCCUCAAUAAUAUGGAUACUCAGUAAUGGCUUGGCAUAUUUUUCAAUAAAGCAGUUUUUAAUUCAUG